UCAAAGUCAGUCCACACGGAGAGCUCGAGUCGAGUAGAGGCUACUAGCUAUCACCAGGUCAAGAAGAGAUCCAUCGAUCUGUCGAUCACCGGAUCAUCGGCCCAUCUGCCAAGCGUGUCACGAACGUCGUCGUUCUCUUUGGUGACUCCGCAGAAGAUCGCCGACGCCGUUCGUUGGAUUCAAGAGUGCACGAGAGGUUGUGACGAGAUUGUGAAAGAGACGAUUGUAUCAGUGAGAGUUGGAGUAUUCGAAAUAUAAGAACGUUGAAACGGAUUCUUUAUUGGAAGGAGUUCGAAGUGACGAAGAGCAUUGAUCUAUGGAACCGAGACAGGCGAUCUCGCUAGUAAAAAGAUUAUUUUGCUCAAGUAUUAACAUAACUGAAGACUGAAGAGAAUACGAAGUGAUUCGUCAGAGAAUACAAACUUAUUAAUACGGUAGUAGGAAAUAUUUUUCACGGAGUAUUAAAGGCAUGAAAACACGUAUAAAAGACUGAAGAGAUCUCGUGUUAAAUCGUCGGAGCGUAUAAAUCUGCAGAAGUCCCGAUUACGGUGUAAGAAUGACAGUACUAAGGAUGACAUCCCCGGUGACGCCUCCAUCGAGUAGUCCAGGUUCGAACGAAGCUCAAGCGCCACAGGCGACUUCAAAACCAGCUCAUCGAUUAAGCUUCUCUGUCGCGGCACUGUUGGCCGACACUAAAAAAUCGGAUUCUUCUCGACAAGAAACCUCGUCUGUGUCACCCAGAUCAUCGCCGGUUACGUCCUACUCUCCAGUGAGACAGGAGCAAGUACCGAUCGCGUCAAACGCGUUACAAAAAUAUUCGGAUGACUACAGAUCAAGAUAUUUGUCAAUAUCACCCAAUAUUCAAGAACACAGGCCGAUCUCCUAUACAUGCAACUCUCCUAGAAGCUCCUUGGACUCCAGAGCGCUAUCCAGGUUCUCAGAAAGCGAGCUAGACAGGGUAGAAUCUCCGAAACGAAGUAGGAUCCACGAUUUCGUCGUUCGAGCCUCUACGGACACGGGUUCCGCGUCGGAAGUAGGACGUUCAACGUCUCCGAAAGCUUCCACGACGAGUCACGUGGAAUUCGGGUCUCAAUCUCCUAGAAGUAGCUCGCACGAAGCCAGAUCUAGGUGUUCGGAACCGGAAGACAUAGAGGAAGAAGAUGAGAACAGUUUAGUCGAUGUAGAGGAUCUUCAUCAGGGGAUGAGUCCCACACCGGUUAGACCCACCCCUGCCUACAUCGGUGGCUUUUCUAGUUUGGGAAGCAUUUCUGGUAUCACGGCCGGUUUGCAUCCCGCGGUUUGGGGCGGAGGUCAUCAGGGUGCAGCCGCGGCCGCGGCCGCAGCCGCCGCGGCAGCCACUGCCAGUUUCUUCCCAUCGCAUUUCUCUCAUCACGCACCUUUAAACGAGAACGGUGAACCGGCCAAGAUCAAGUGCAACCUGAGGAAACACAAGCCGAACCGGAAGCCCAGGACUCCUUUCACCACGCAACAAUUACUGGCGCUGGAGAAGAAGUUCACCGAAAGGCAAUACCUCAGCGUCGCGGAGAGGGCCGAGUUCUCGUCCUCCCUUCAUCUAACCGAGACUCAGGUGAAGAUCUGGUUUCAAAAUCGUCGUGCAAAAGCGAAGCGAAUGCAAGAAGCAGAAAUCGAGAAAUUGCGGAUGUCGGCGGUCAGGCAACAUUCAGCAGCGCUGUACAGUUCUCAUCCGGGACUCUUGGCACCGGCAAGUCUCUAUCCCGUUGGGAUGCUGUCUCAUCCAGGUCUGACGCCGCAUCAUCCGAUCGCUCAGCAUCCAUCCAGAGAAUGAAACCGACUGCGAGAUACCAAAACUACUCGUUCUGUAUCGAACGUUCACUCUUUAUACGAAAUCGAGUUGAAGGAUGGCUCGAAGUACGCCGAGUUUUGGGAAAUUUAUCUAUCGAAAGAAAAAUAUGAAAUUUUUUACUCGAAACAAGGGAGAAAUGAAGAAAUGGUGUAAUAAUAAGUAUAAUAAGAAUGAGAUGUCAGAUGGACACAUGUUGCAUGAAGAAUUGUCAGAGUUCAGAUUGUAAUCGCAUCUACAAAGGAUAUACCCGAAGUGGAAAUCAUUGAAAUUAAACGAAGAGAAUCAUUUAGGUGUAAGAGUGAGAGAUGGGGAAGCCAAAAGGAACAAGAGACAAUAGCUUUGAUCACGGGAGCUAUAAUGUAUCUGUGCCAAUUUCGUACACGUUCUUACCUGUAACGUGACUUGUACAUAAAGUGUAAAUAAUAAUCGAGACCGAAUACUUCGUGUAGUCCUGUAAAUACGAUAACGAACGAUAAUUUACCCUCCGAUGGAUAUUUUCCAACUUUUGUAUAAAUGUAAAACCAACGCCGCAGAGAAUAGCAGAGUUUAUUUAAUAAAACUACAGUAUACGUAGCACCAA